AUGGACUUUCCUAAUUUGCCCUAUCUAGAGGAUGGAGACGCGAAAGUAGUCCAAAGCAAUGCCAUAAUGAGAUACAUCGCCCGCAAGCACAACCUCUGUGGGGAAACGGAAGAAGCGCAGGUGAGAGUUGACAUCUUGGAAAACCAGGCAAUGGAUUUCCGUAAUGGUUUUGUCCAGCUCUGCUAUGGAGACUUUGACAAAAACAAAUCAUGCUACACUGAGAAACUACCA